GUCCCUCUCUAAGCAAGUUGAUGGUGACUCUUCACCACUGUUCACAUACCUUCUAAACCAGCUAUAACUCAUCAACGUUGCAACCAGUUUUGCGUCUUUCGUAUCAGUAUGCCGACUCUUGUAAACUGGAAGUUUCUUGAGCCUGUACUUCCAGUCUAUCUCCAUAUAUGACCGUUCAAUCAACUUACCAUUGAUAACAGAUUCGCCUACGGCGCCGUGGCCAACUGUUUGCUGCUGGAGCUUCAGUCGACCCACCUUCCGCAAGCGAAGUUCAGAAGAUGUCUCUUCAGCCACCAGCCGAUAGUUCUUUCGAAAUUGACCCAAGCAUUGUCAUCAGGGGAACCAAUCACCCGGUCGCUUUGGGUAGUCUUGGAGAUGUUUACAAAUGUACCUUGAACAGGGGCGCAAGUCAGGAAGAAGUUGCAGUCAAAUCCCCACGAUUCUCAAGUAUAAGUGAAGCUGAAGCCGCCGAAAUCAACCGUAAUCUUGACCGGAAACUCAGUAUCUGGGCCAUAUUAGAGCACCGGUAUGUAAUACGCCUGUACGGCACUGUAACAGGUUUCGGUCCAUUCCGUGCUUUCGUCACCCCCUGGAUGCCAAACGGGACUUUGAACUCUUACCUAAAUCACGCUAAUCUCACAGCAAUGGAUAAACUUUCCCUGCUUAAGCAAGUCGUUGAAGGGCUCAAAUAUCUUCACGACAGCGACGUGAUUCAUGGUGACCUAACUAGUGACAAUAUCCUGGUUGCUGCCGAUGGAUCGCCACGCCUCGCAGAUUUCAGUGUCUCGAAUAUCAUGAUAGAGUCUAACCGGGUAUACUCCUCCCAUUCUGGCGCACUUCGUUGGGCUGCUCCAGAGCUUAUUAUCUCCUGCGAAGGUGGCACCGUGCAAUGCGCCACCAAAUCCAGUGAUAUAUAUUCUCUCGGGUGUCUCAUGCUCCAGGUAUUAUACGGGAAGCUGCCCUAUUGGUGGAUCAAAACUACCUUGCAAGUUGUUCCAUGCAAGUCCCAUUUUCAAGAGCCCAUUAACGACAGCUUGCAAAUUCAAGCACAUCAUCUUACUUACAUGCGACGGUGUUGGUUAAUCAAUCCUGAAUCUCGCCCAUCGGUGGAUGAUACUCUAGCGUUUAUUGAUGAGAUGUUUUCACAUGUUCAUGACUGGCCUUUGUUCUACAACCUUCGAGAACUACCUGACCAGGUUAUUACAACAUAUGAGCAUCGUGGCACUGUGGCAGGGGGUCUGGGCGAUAUCUGGAAAUGUAAUUGGCGCAAGAACUCGGAGGAAACUGAAGUUGCGGUCAAAUCAGUCAGAGUUCCUCAUACAGGCAACCGAGAUGAUUCAGAAAUCGAACAAAUAAUUGAGAUAAUUACUCAAGAGGCUGCUGCCUGGGCCAAGUCGUCACACCAAAACAUCCUACCCCUGUAUGGGACAAUCCCUCACUUCAGACCUCUUCCCGCCUUUAUGUCUCCGUGGAUGGCCAAUGGCUCGCUGACGGACUAUCUACGACGGGAGUUCUCCUGUUUGUCAGCAACCAGGAAAAUUGAUAUUCUAAACCAGGUGGUUUCUGCGCUUAAGCAUUUGCAUGAUGAUGGCAUCAUUCAUGGUUCUUUGACAAGUGAUAACGUGUUCCUUGAUGGCUCUGGCAGGGUUUACCUUGCUCACUUUGGCCGUCUCUCCGAGAUUUUUGCGCGAGGACAAACCCCUAUGUCUGGUUUAGCACAUGUGAGGUACAUUGCGCCCGAAUUCCUCACUCCCAUUGUAGAUGCAGGAGCCUCGAAAUCGAGUAAGGCUGGUGAUAUUUAUUCAUUUGGCUGUCUCAUGAUCCAGAUGUGGUUAGGAAAGGUACCUUAUUGGUGGAUUCGCGAUGCCGGCGAAGUUCUACCAGAAAGAAUCAAAGGUGCGCAGCCCUUCCAGAUGGAACAGAUAAAUGAAAUGUAUUUGACCUUCGGGAAACAAUGUCUGUCAGUUGAAAGCGAGGCCCGUCCGACGAUUGAGGAUGUCUUUUGCUUUUUCGUAGUCCAUAGCAUUGGUGCGGUUGAUUUGACAAAUUCUAUUAGUCGGAUCAAUAAAUACGCCGCGCACUCCGGAGGAUAUGCGGAUGUCCACAAAUGCCGACUUGCCCUGGACUCGACGACCGUGCUUGUACAGCAAACUGUUUCCCAUUACCAGGUCUCUCGUGGAUGCGUUGAUGUUGCAGUCAAAGUGUUCAGGCUGAUGGGAGGGAUGGAGGCACCUAGAGUGAUCAAUCGAUUUUUUCGUGAGAUCAAAAUAUCGUCGACACUUAAUCAUGAAAAUAUUGUACCUCUCUGGGGAGUUGCGCGUCAAUUCAGUGUUCUUCCCGCCCUGGUUUCGCCGUGGCUAAAGAAUGGCACCCUGACCGAAUAUCUGCGGAAUCGACACAAAGAACUUUCUCGUGGCCAACAGUUUGCACUGCUUAGGGAUGUAGCUCGCGGCCUUGAAUAUCUCCAUUCGCAGCUGAUUGUCCAUGGAGACUUGAGUGGCUUCAACGUCCUUAUCGACGACGACGGAAAAGCAUGCCUCACCGAUUUUGGUUUAUCUGUUUUUAUUCCAGCGAGAAUAAGCCAAGCAUUAUUACCUAUCGCGCCUGGAGGCACCCUGCACUGGAUAGCACCCGAAUAUCUGAAGGCGGAUGCCAGUAACGUGCCAUCCAUGCUCUCUCAAGCAGGUGAUGUAUACUCUUUCGGAGGAAUCAUGCUUCAGGUAUUAGAGGGGAAGAUCCCAUACCACUACAUCACCCAUACUACUGCUAUAGUUGGUCAAAUAUUACAAGGGAUCACGCCUCGAAGGCCGCUUGUACCUGUUAUCAUUGAUGACGACUGGGAUUUCAUCCAGAAAUGUUGGUCACCACAUGCGGCGUCUCGUCCAUCUGCCACAGAUCUUGUUACGGUUAUGGAGGCACGGGCUAUAAUUAUCGUGUAACAGCUACUUUCAUAUCGAUAGAUUUUGUUUCCUUCACCGCUUUUGUUUACUCCUGGAGCUAAACAAACAAUAGGUCAUCAGCAAACUACUGGUUCCCCGACUCCCACGUUAGUGGAGGGAGGGCUUUGUCGAAUGCAAACGGAUUCCCAUCACUAA